ACACAUGACAUUUUCGUAUUUAAAUAUUGUUGACUUGGGAUGAACUUAUUUUUGUGGAUACAGCAUUGACACUGUGGAAGCUUUUCAGAUUUGUUUAAUUGGAUGUACUAAGUUCACAUUAUGAAUAAAACUGACGAAGAAAAGCUUUGGGAAUGGAAUAAUGAAAUAGCUCAAAUAUAUAUUGUCAAUGAUAUAUUUCUUGUAAUAUAUAUCAUUUUAGGAUUUUUUGGGAAUGCAACUGUUGUAGUUGUUUAUAGUUUUAAAAUGAAAUCGAAACGGGACGAUCGGUAUUUCAUUCCGUACCUUGCCGUAGUUGAUCUUCUGGCUUGUACAACAAGAUCAUCAUUCGAACUAGCCAUGAAUCUACUGCCAGUUAAUUUCAGAGGCAGCAUUCUGUGUAAAGUGCUUUGGUUUCCGGUCAAUGUUACUUCAUUUUCAUCAAUGUUCCUUCUUCUGACUAUAUCCCUUCAGAGAUAUUUAAAAGUAUGCCGACCAUUUGGAAAGCAAAUGACAAUCAAAUGGAAAAGAUUUGCUUUAGCAGUGACGUUAAUUUCAUCGUUUGCUCUUUCAAUGCCUCUUAACAUCUGGAAUCAGGAGAUACCAGUGGUAAAUAAAGCGCUAAAUAUAACUGGAUAUAUGUGUGAUGCAAAACUUGAAGGAAACAUAGGGGCUGCUUUUAUCAUAUUUGUUGUCUGUAUCACAGUUCUUGCCUUAAUUAUCAUGUUCGGAAUGAUAAUUUUCAAUACUCUAAUUGGUUUAACAAUCUAUAGACAGUUGAAACUGGAAAGAAAACGACAACAGCAAGUAGAACUAACGCGACAUAGACAAGCUGUUAACAGGAAGACAAUUACAACAAUUCCAAGCCAUGUAUCAGAACAAUCAGAAGAACUAACACCAUCUUUGAUGGUCAAUGACGAAUCUUCUACUGAUAUGAACACUGAAAAGGUGGACGAUAAAUUUAACAGAAAUGAGGAACUAACACCAAAACAAAGAGAAAAAAUGGAAAAGAAGCGAAUGUUGUCCUCCCACAGAUAUUCUUAUAUGUUUAUGGUUAUCGCUACAGCUUUUAUGUUGUCAUAUCUCCCGCAAUUUCUCUUGCUUUUCGUAGGGAUUGGUGAUAACAAUUUUUGGGUAAACCGAUCAAAUGAUGAGUUAACGAUAUUUUCAUUGAUAAGAGAGAUGAACGUGAUUAAUAAUAUCGUUAAUCCUUUUGUUUAUGGGUUUUUCGAUAGAACAUUUAGACAAGAAACAAAGAAGUUUAUUUCUUCAUUGAAAUGCUGGUAAAUACAUCAAAAAUCAUUUUUUGUAAAUGAAUAAUAUACAUUGUAAAUACAAAACGGAAACAUGUAGCUCUUUGUUUAUUAAUAACGUUAAUUUGCUUUUUUGAAAUAAAACUAAUAGUUUGCUGUCAAAUGCAAAUUGCAAGUGAAAUAUGAA